UCAGGAAAGGAAAGCUUUUUAUAGAUAGAGUACAAAACCAGAAAGACUAAAACGUUGUCGUUAAGGAAUGAAACAGAGAGACUAAAAGGACCAGAAGGUGGACAAUUUAUUUUCUCCAGCUUGAUCUCAAAUCUCAAAUCUCAAAUUUUGCUUUUUUUUUUUUUACUGUUUAAAGUUUAUACGUUUGAAACAGAGCUGUUAACUUUUCUUCUUCAUGAUGUGUUUCAAAGAUUAGAAGUUGAAGUUUACAGUUGAUGCUUGUCAAUGGCGAUCAUAACAGAAGGGAUAGAGCCAGGGUCACAGAAAACAAGAGGAAACGAAAAACCCCCUGAAAAACCAACUUUAAAUCCAAACUCGAAACCUUCAAAACCCACUUCAAAGCCAAGCCCGAGCUCCCAAACUCGAAACCCUUUUGCCUUCUGGUUCUGUUUUCCUCUCAGUGUUUUUCUUAUUACUUUCUUCGUCUCUUUUUCCUCUUUGUCCCCUCAAGACCCCAGAUCCUGGUUCCUUUCUUUGCCUAAUUCCCUACGCCAACACUACUCAAAUGGUAGAACCAUUAAAGUACAAAUAAACCCAAACCAAUCACCAAGUGAAAUUUUUGUUUCCGAAAAUGGUCAGUUUUCUUCAUCUGAGAAUGUUGUGGUUGUUCAUGGGCUGGGGCUGAGUUCUUAUUCUUAUAGGGAAAUGAUAAGAGUUCUAGGCACAAAAGGAGUUCAUGUUGUAGCCUUUGAUUUGCCUGGAAAUGGGUUUUCAGAUAACUCAAGGGUAGAGAUUGAAGAAGGAACAAAUGGGGUUUUAGGAAGGUUUAAGGAAGUUUAUAGUUUGAUUCAAGAAAAGGGUUUGUUUUGGGCUUUCGAUCAAGCGGUUGAAACUGGUGAACUCCCUUAUGAAGAGAUAAAGUCAAGAGUUUUGGUUAAAAAGAGUUUUAAGGUUAUUGAAAUGGGAAGUCAAGAGAUGGGAAGGGUUUUGGGGCAAGUUAUAGAAACAAUGAGAUUAGCUCCUGUGCAUUUAGUUUUGCAUGAUUCCGGUUUUGUUAUGGCUGCAAAUUGGAUUUCUGAGAAUUCAAGUUUCAUUAGAAGUGUAACUCUUAUUGAUACAGGAUUAAAACCAGCUUUGCCUUUUUGGGUUUUGAACAUACCUGUGGUGGGUGAGAUUGUGUUGUGGUUUUCUUUUGCGUAUGCAAGGUUGAUAAACUUGUGUUGCUCAAAGGGGAUUGGUUGGUCGGAGUUGGAGGCACAUAGAGCGCUUUUGACGGGAUGGGAUGCGAGAAGAGCAGUUGUGGGGAUGGGGAAGAAGCUGAAUUAUAGUUUUGAUAUAGAAGAGUGGGGAGGUUUGGAUGGUAUAAAAGGUGUGCCAUUGCAGGUACUUUGGUCUAAUGAUUGGUCAGACGAAUGGAGUAAAGAGGGUCGACGAAUUGCUGAGGCACUUCCUGGGGCAAAAUUUGUCACUCAUUCUGGAGGGCGAUGGCCUCAGGAAGGUGUUCCUGGUGAACUAGCUGAGAUUGUAGCUCAGUUUGUGUCUUCAUUGCCCAAAACAGUUAGACAAGUUGAGGAACAGACCAUUGCUGCGCAUAUUCAGAAGAUGUUUGAUGAAGCAACAGACACUGACCACACUGACAGUGACAGUGACAGUGAAGGUGACAGUGACGGCCACGGCCACGGCCACCGCCAUGUGGCCCAUGGUCAUGAUCAUGCUCGUGCAGCCGGGUUUAUGGAUGCAUACGGUCUUGGUCACACAUGGGGCAGUUGAUAUGUUUCUUCCUAUUGUAGUGGACUGUAUUUAAGUUAGAGAUUAGAUCUAGGCGUGCCAUCAUCCACGUAUGGUACUUUAUACUGCUUUUCUGGUAUUUACAAGAAAUGUUUAUAUGAUACACAACAAAGCAAAGCAAAUUCAAACUUCAGAGCAAGAAGAUUUUCUUUUCCGUUGAGGUGAUCAAAGGUAAACUUUAAGUCACUGAUUUUUGUCAUGAUGAUAUAUCAAUGAAUUGUUUUGGAAGGCAACCUUUAAAGUUUAAUAUGCUUUACAGCAUCAUCUGAGAUUAGAUUUU